UGAACGCACGAUGGGCUUCCUCGUCGGCGCGACGGCAAUGCUCGCCUUCCUCUCGAUUCCUCUGUCGCUCCACACCGUGCAAGAGGGAUACGUGGGAGUGUACUUUCGAGGGGGGGCCUUGCUCUCCGAAGUGACAGGACCGGGGUUCAAUUGGCAAUUACCGUUUGUCACGUCGUGUUACCACGUGCAAGUGACUGUGCAAACCGACCACGUCGAUAACAUUCCUUGUGGGACUAGCGGCGGUGUCCUCAUCUCGUUUGACAAGGUGGAAGUCGUGAAUCGUCUUCGCAGCGAAAGCGUGUAUGACACGAUCAAAAACUACACGGUCCACUACGACAAGACGUGGAUCUUCGACAAGAUCCACCACGAAAUCAACCAAUUUUGCAGCAAGCACACGCUCCAGGAAGUCUACAUCGACUUAUUUGAUACGCUGGACGAAAACUUGGCCAAGGCGUUGCAACGGGACUGCAAUGAAUGGGCGCCCGGCAUCGAGAUCAUAGCCGUUCGCGUCACCAAACCGAAUAUUCCCGACAGUAUUCGAACCAACUAUGCCAACAUGGAAAUCCAAAAAACGAAGCUACUCAUUGCCCAUGAGGCCCAGCGCGUAGUUGAAAAAGAAGCCGAGACGGACAAAAAGCGAGCGACGAUUGAAGCUGAGAAGGUGUCGGCCGUGAGCAAGAUCAACAUGAUCAAGGAGAUCGCCGAAAAGGUACGCACCAAGCGUGAUGUGUUCGGAGUCGCCGAGAGAAUGAUGCGACAACCAAACAAUUGCACGACAGGAGUCGAUCCAAAAGAUUCACGCGAUCGAAGACAUCAUGCAUGUCGACCGUGAAAAGGUGGCGAUACCGUUCGAUAUUGCAUCAUGCUGACAGGCAGAUGCGCGAAGGCGUGGGCAGACGCAGCGUACUACAGAGCGAUGCGGGAAGCUGAAGCGAACGCGGGGCGACUGACUGAAGCAUUCCUCGAAUACACGCGCAUCUUGAGGUACAAUCGCAUUCGAUGGACCGUGGGCGACACCUCAUGCUGCUGUGAAUACACGCAGCUUGACCAACAACACCAAGAUUUGUACGUGCGCGAAAUGCUCAGUGUUGUGGCUACGUGGUCGAUCUCAGUCAUGGCGCGGUCGUUGUGGUAGACUUUGGGGAGAAAAUUCCCACCAUCUUCACCGCCAACAAAGACUAGUGUGGGGCGGGUGGCGUAUACCUGCAAGGCAGGUCGCUUCUCCAUCGUGCGUCAUUUAAUUCCACAGAGGACACGUCGGCCAUAAGUUGAAGUGAAUCAAGUGCGUAGACAGCGCCGACGUCCACAGUUCGUUUUCGGACUGCGCAUCCUUUGCAAUGAUGUAAAAGCACCGCCCUCGAGACUGUCGCGGAUGCUUUAAAACGAGUCUGACGAAAGGCCGUACGCGGCGCAAUCCCCUUUGUCCCAGCUACAUGCUUGCGAAUAGCAAACCUCGUCGCACCGAUAGUUGCCGAGAAGAUUGUUGUCGCACUGCCGAGCGCAUUUGGGAAGGCAAUACGCGGCAACCGGCCUCGACGCACAGAACGGCGUAUCGUCCAUAAUCACUUCGCGAGCAUUCAAUCGUCGUCGAUCAAACGCAUCUGGGACCGUCGCAAUUGGAUUCGAACUCAACUGGAGUGCGACUUUUUCCCACGCCGUUGCCAACGACAAUGGGAUGUGGCCGAUGUUGUUGGCGCUGAGGUCCACGGACUGCCGCCACGGCAUGGCGUCCAUGUCCGACGCAAGGAAAGGGACACUGGAGAACAAGUUUCCUCGCAACUCAAGCGACAUCAGGCCGGUGAACAUCCCUAGCCGUGGAGGAAGGUCGGUAAGCUGCAGAUUGGAAAGCGCCAGCGACGACAGAUUCGCCCACGCUUGAAAGAUCGCUUCUGGAAUCGUCGAGAUGUUGCC